AUUGGUGUAUACAAAUGUACCUCAGCUUUUUGAUAAGCAGACAUGGCUGUCACGCUGCAUACUGAUGUUGGAGAUAUUAAAAUUGAACUAUUCUGCGAGCGUACACCAAAGACUUGUGAAAAUUUCCUGGCUCUUUGUGCUAGUAACUACUACAAUGGAUGCGUAUUUCACCGGAAUAUAAAGGGUUUCAUGGUUCAGACAGGGGAUCCAUUAGGCACUGGGAAAGGAGGUAACAGCAUCUGGGGCAAGAAGUUUGAAGAUGAAUUCAGUGAAUACCUAAAGCACAGUGUCCGUGGUGUAGUUUCAAUGGCAAACAAUGGUCCGAAUACCAAUGGAUCGCAGUUCUUCAUCACGUAUGGCAAGCAACCGCACCUAGACAUGAAGUACACUGUGUUUGGAAAAGUUAUUGAUGGCUUGGAGACCCUGGAUGAGCUGGAGAAGCUGCCUGUGAAUGAGAAAACCUACCGACCUCUUAAUGAUGUUCGCAUUAAAGAUAUUACAAUUCAUGCCAAUCCGUUUGCUCUGUAGCCACAGAGGGCCUCAACACAUUCCUUAGAGACUGGUCAGAUCAACUGCUGGAUUAUGGGGUUUAAAGUGUCACUAAAAAGGAUUACUUGAGCUGGAUCAUACCUUUGCUUAUGGAAUGCAGGAUUUUCAGGAGUUGUGACAUUGUUUGGGAGAUGUCAACACAAAAGUCUUAUGCAUUAGAAGCCAGUUUUUCCAGAGUGUCUUCCACGAUUUUGAUUUUUAAACAUUGCUUUUUGUAAAAUAA